ACCAAGCUGGCCUUUGAAAUCAGUCCAGGGUCUGCCUAAAUAAUAAAGGGCUUCUGGUGGAAGGAGGGCUGCUAACUGAGGCUGCAGUUUGACACCCCUUUAGCCCCCAUGGUUCAUUGCAAUGGAAGUCUGUUAGAUCUUUAGCCUUCUCUUGUCAGAGAGCUCUGGUGUGCCACCAAACUACGCAUCCCAGGAUGCCACAGCAUUGAGCCAAGGCAGCAAAAGAGGUACCAAACUGCAAUAAUCCUGCAGUGUGGAUGCAUCAUGGACCUCUUGUGGGAAGGAGUUCCACAGUUUGAGAGCCAAAAAGGUCCUAAGUCUCCUGGGUUUCCCGCCAAAGGCCCUCAUAAUGGUGGCAAGACGGAGCCAGCGCUUACGACAGGCCUGGAAGAAAGGAAGAUGGCGAACAAGUCUCAGCCCCUCAGCGUCGCCGUCAGCAAAGGCCUCUUCAACACGGACAUGGGUCCGCUCCAGCGCCAGCUCCGAGCCGGAGAGUACAACAUCUUCAAAUGGGCCUCUAUGUUCGAAGGUGACUUUGUCCAGGUGAGCAAGCGCGGAGGGACGCUUGACGUCCACAACCAAGUCCGGUUGGUCCGAGUUGCCAUUGUGGCCACCAGUCCGGGGCUCCAGGUGCCCAACGUGCUUCUGCUAGCCCAACACAUCCUCUCGUCCGAACCGCCACCCGUGAACCUCCAGGCCAAGGUCCGGCCCACCACUCCGAACACGAAGUUUGAGCUGACCAGGCUCCUUCCAUUGUGCUUCGUCAAGAUCUCCGUCCAUGACUUGGAGAAGCAGCAGCUGCGGUUCAAGAUGGCAACCGGGCGGACCUUCUACCUCCAGCUCUGUCCGCAGGCGGAGAACCAGGUGGACAGCUUUGAGGCCUGGGUCAAAGUCAUCCACCUCCUGCGUCCCCCGUCGGUAGAAGGGGAGGCCAAGGACCAGCCCUACAGCCAGUCCCCGGGGAUCUCCCUCCUCCAUACACCUCUCCCCCCCGCCCCGGAUCUGGCCCCCGAGACUCACGUCCCCAAGGAGUGCACCGUGACCCAAAUCCUCAGCCCUUUGCCAGAGGAGAACCCGGAGAAGGAGAACCCAGCGGAGCCUUCCCAAGCUCCACAUUUGAGCCCCAUGGCCGCCAUCCUCCAGCCCUCUUUGGACGCCAGCCCCGAGGGUCCCAUAGAACUGGAGAGCCCCCCGCCGUCUGAGGGCCAGAGCUCCUCCAAGGAGAUCUUCCCGGCUCCCUCCAAAGGCACCAAGACCGAGAAGGCCAAGGAAGGCGCCCUGCCAAACAGGAAAAACACCCCCAGGAGCAAGACCAGCAAAUCCCGCAGGAGCCAUUCGUCCAAGAGAGCCGCCAGCCGGAGCCCCAGCAAGAUCUCCUCUCUCUUCCUGAGCUCCUUCUCCAACGCCAGCCACAGAUAUCACAAGGCGGCCGGCAAGGGACGCGAGAAGAAGCGCUGAAGAAGCCCAGACGAAAACCAGAAAGGCCCUCUCUGCCAGCCACCUCUGACUUUAAUAAAGACAAUGGUAGAAGAGGGAGGAAGCCUAGGAGAAAAUGUCCCACCACA